CAGGACAUCAGUCGACGCGCUCAUCGCAGUCUCUGGCGACAUACUGAGCCAUAUAUGCUGCCCAUGGCGGUGGAACGGAGACCUCAGCAUGUCGCUCUGUUCAGCGCCAGCAUCUGCACGUGGCGGUCUAGACCUCCGGGCCUGCUGCCCCGUGAGACGCAAGAAUAGCAACAGGGGUUGAUUAGCUCUCCCCGCGUUUUUUCUUUUUUGUUGAGCCAGACUCACCGCGUCAACGACGAGAUUGAUUUCCUCCAUUGCCUGCCAGAGGUCGCCUGCCUGAUAUUUGAGGCCCAAGCUCUUCGGCGACGUCAUCUACCUUGAUUGUUCGUGGUCGGGUUGUGCCUGCAAGCACCGCAGCCAUGACACUCCGGAAACAUUACAACCCAGAGGUUCUUCUGAGCGCUCCAAGAAGAUCAGCGGCGGUCCCGAGUCCCGAUGGAAAACUCGCGCUCUUCACGCAGUCUACCUAUUCGUUCGACACCCACUCUAGGACCAGCGAGAUCUGUUGUCUAGACCUUACUCAGGGCACUACCGUCACCAUCAGCAAAGACCCCAAGGCCACCGAGCCCAGGUGGCUGGGUACCAACCACGAGGUCGUCUGGUUGAAGGAGUGCGAGAAUGGGAACACGUGCUUGAUUGUCACCGAUGCCACUCUUCCUGGAAAAUGCUACACCGCUGGCACCAUUUCCGGCCCGGUCUCCAGUCUCAAGCUCUAUGUCAUUGAACCAGGCAAAGUCGCCGUUGCCGUUGCCGGUCAGGCAAACCCAGAUGGCAGCUUGCACAAUCCCAAGGACGUCCCCAAGUCCCACACGUCAGCUCGUGUCUAUGACUCGUUGUUUGUGCGACAUUGGGACUCUUGGAUCACCGAGCAGCGCAACGCCGUCUUCAUAGCCUUGCUGCAAAAAUCGCAACCCAUGGUGACUUCGCGCCAAGGGCGAUACAGCUUGCUAGGCUUCAAAAACGCGUUAUUGGGUACUGACCUAGAAUGUCCCAUCCCACCCUUUGGCGGAGUCGACCACUUCGACAUUGGUCCCACAGGUCUGACAAUUGUGGCCAAGGAUGCCCACCUCAAUCCUGCCACACACACCAAGUGCGAUUGCUGGUUUCUCCCAAAAAAGGAUAUCUUGGAUCUGAAGCCCACAAGCCUCCACAAGCUUCACGCGCCGGGUUUGAAUGGAGCAGCUUCAUCGCCUGUCUUUUCACCCGACGGGGAAUCCCUAGCAUUCCUUCAGAUGGCCACCGAUGGCUAUGAGAGUGAUAAAAAUCGAACCGUCUUUGUCCAUGGCCUGGGUGGGCUUGAGAAGGGCGAGUCAGUCUCUGCAGUCGAGCUCAUGCACACAGACGAUGGCAAGGGCGGCUGGGACAAGUCCCCCACUGCGUUGAAGUGGUCUGUGGAUGGCAAGAUGCUGUUGAUGGAGGCUGAAGACACUGGCCGAGGAUGUCUCUUUGCGCUGGACUUGACGGCGACUCCCGGCCCAGAAUGGCGACCACGCCAAUUGACCCAUACCGGAUACAUCAUUGACUUUGCGCCCAUCUCAACCAAGACUAAUCUCUUGCUCGUCUCAAGCAACAGUCUUGUUGACAACAGCACAUACACUCUCGUGGAUCCCGAUCCACUGGCCGAGACGCAACCGGUGAUCAUUUCGUCACUGAGCAAAAAUGGAAGCAUGUUCGGUCUAUCCCCAGAACAAGUCUCCUCGAUAUGGUGGAAAGGGGCGAACGACCAUCCUGUUCACGCUUGGAUGAUGAGGCCUUCGUUCUUCCGGGCGGAGCAGAAGUAUCCCCUUGCAUAUUUGAUCCAUGGUGGCCCGCAAGGUGCCUGGAAUGACCAGUGGUCGACACGCUGGAAUCCUGCCGUCUUUGCGGAGCAGGGGUAUGUGGUCAUCUGUCCUAACCCGACAGGAUCUACGGGUUAUGGCCAGGACUUUACCGACGCAAUCCGAAAUCAGUGGGGUGGUCUCCCUUACGAGGACCUCGUCAAAGGGUUCGAAUUCAUCGAGUCCGAUUUGGGGUUCGUUGACACCUCGCGAGCAGUCGCGUUGGGCGCUAGCUAUGGGGGUUACAUGAUGAACUGGAUUCAAGGACACGACCUGGGGCGCAAAUUCAAGGCACUGGUCUGCCACGACGGAGUGUUUAGUAUGACCGGCCAGUUGGCGUCCGAGGAGCAAUACUUCCCCGUUCACGACCUCGGAGGGCCAAUCUGGGAGCGGCAAGAAAUCUACGACAAGUGGGAUCCCAGCCGCUUCACCAAGUUCUGGGACACUCCCAUGCUCGUGAUCCACAACGAGCUCGACUACCGUCUGACGGUGGCCGAGGGUCUGUCGGCGUUCAACGUGCUUCAGAUGAAGGGUAUCGAAAGUCGCUUCCUAAGCUUCCCGGACGAAAAUCACUGGGUGUUGAAACCGGAGAACAGUCUCGUGUGGCAUCUCGUCGUGAUCAACUGGAUCAACAAGUUUGUGGGGUUGCCCAAGAUUGUCGAUCGCCAAGGGAGGGAUGGCUCGGGAUUUUGCAGGCAGGAAAGCAGGAGGACCUGGGGUCGGACUCACGGGGCGUCUCGUCUCGAGCAGUAAGAAUAGGUGCAAUAUUAUCGCGGCUGAGAGGCGUUGCGCAUGUAUUUGAAGGCAGGGAUACGGGAACCAGAGGAAUGGCUCUCCUCUCAAGAAAUGGAAAGGGCGAGCUCUGGUGCUCUUUGGCCCAUCUCAUCCCACUCGUCCAGAAUAUUAAUACAAAGUAAUGCAACCCCGAAAUCG